AUGUUCCUUCUCACCUACCAGGGUGGAAGCUCUCAACAUGCAUUGACUUUCAUCCUCCUAUUCUCCCUGCCGCUCGUCACAACCGCCGCAUCCUGCGCCGGUGUCCUCCUCCAAACCAUCGCCACACGCUGGGACUCCUUGGGCAGCGCCUAUCAAUCCGAAAUAUGCUCUCGUGGCUGUCAACCCGUAAUGUCCACCUGGGAUGACUGGACCUACCCCAACACCUUCCUACCGUUAAUCGACACCAUGGCGACCGAAAUGUCACUCUCCGACAAGUUCAAAACCACAUUCACGCGCAUCGGCCAGGACAUCGCGACAUCCACAAAGAAUGAAUGCAGCGCGCUACUUGCACCGGGCCAACAUUUUUGUACCAGCGGCAAUACGCCAGAGAGCGACAAACUGGCGCAAUGGAAUUGGUGUUUUAAGAAACAAGCUGCAAAACAGGCGACGAGAAAUGCGUUUACGAUGCUCAGAUUGGUUUCGAGUGAGCUUUGUAAGGGGUCGGCGUAUAAGUACUUGGAGGAUGAUAAGUUGUGGACGGAGAUUUUGCCGCAGUAUAUGAGGAAGUAUGCUGGUACUUGUCAGCUUUCGGGUCCGAGGGACGAAGAAGAAGCUGGUAAAUCAGCGGGAACGCAAGAGCAGAAAGAAGUGAAGGAUGAAUUAUGA